UAUUUAUUUUUACAUUUGCAAUUUUCCCUGCCAAGGAAAACUGUCGGAAAGCCAAACACGGAACCACCACUUUCUUCCCAAGUCCACACUGCCUGUCCAGAAGAAGCAUCCACAUAUAGUGUAGAACUGAACUUUUCUUUGAAAUUCCGGGUCAGAAUUGGGUUAGUAGUGAGUAAAGAUAGCGUUUUUGGAGGCAUAUCAAUUAGCUUUUUGCAAUGAUAUUGCCAUUAGCGAAGCUGGGUUCACUUGCUCUCAAAACAUUCUGCAAACCCAUUGGCAAACGCCUCAAGAAAGAGGCUGGUAUUCAUCCCGAGUUCAGGCAACUCAUCAUCAAUCUUGCCCAGACGAAUCAUAGAUUCACAACGAAGUUGCAAAGGCGUAUCUAUGGACGAGCAAUUGAUGUUGCAAUUCGCCCUCUAAAUGAAGAAAAGGCUGUUCAACUUGCUGCUGAUCUUCUAGGGGAACUGUUUAUAUUUACGGUUGCAGGAGUUGCUGUCAUCUUAGAGGUGCAAAGAAGCGCCCGGUCAGAAGCUAGGAAGGAGGGAUUGCGUAGGCAGGAAAUCGAGGCAAUGAAACAACGGGACGAAGAGCUAGCUAGAGAGGUCGAGAUCCUCAGAAAUAGAGUCCUUGAGCUGGAGCAAGGACUUGAAAGUUUUUUAAAUUUCAACCAUGUCAAUAGCAUCGAUAACAAGGCAAAAGCUGGCUGGCAUUGACAACGGUGAGAAUCUCCAUAUAUAAACCCACCCUCUGGAAACGAUUGUAUAUGCAUUACUUGCCAAAACUGCGCUAUUUAGUCAUUGAAUGCAUUUCUUUGCCUUUUCCGUCUCUUUGUAGGAAGCCACUAUCUAUAUCUAUACAUGCACAUGAAAUAUGUAGAUAGGAAUGUAGAACAACUGAACAAGUAUUUGCCUAAUAUAGCUCAUAUUUUGCAACA